UUGUUGUUACUAUUUAUAUACAUUAUACAUACAGCUGGUAGUGACUUUUGAAGAGAAACAAAGAGAAAGGUUAUGCUCAUUAAUAAACAUUACAGAGAAAAGGCAAACAUAUGCCAAUCUGAGUGAUAGAAUUGUUAAAGUUUUAAAUUUUAUUAAAAAAAUAAGUAGAGAUGUCUGAUUUGAAAAAUUGGCCGGUUUUGAGUCUUUUAAAAAAAGAUUUUAUCAGUGAAAUUCAUACUGUACUGAUUUUUGGUUCAAUUAGCAAUGAGGCAAUAAUAUUAACUAAAGACGAUGAUGUUUAUGCAUUGGGAACAAAUCAAUCUGGAUGUUUAGGCACUGGUGAUACACAAAGUUCAUUGUAUCCAGUUAAAAUCGAAAUAUUGUGUAAAAAAAAUAUGAAAACAUUUGCGUUUGGUAUUGGUCCACAUGUACUUGGAUUAACAUCUAAAGGAGAAGUAUUUUCAUGGGGACACAAUGGAUUUUCUGAGCUUGGUAAUGGUUCUUCACAUAAUGGCGUGACACCAACAAAAGUUGCAUCGACAUUUGAAGAUAAAGCAAUUAUUGCAAUUGCAUGCGGUAGUCAUCAUUCAUUAGCACUUAAUGACGAUGGUGAGGUUUAUGGAUGGGGUCAAAAUACAUGUGGCCAAGUUGGUACUGGAAUAAGUACAAAUCAAAAUACUCCAAGAAAAAUAAAUUCAAGUCUAACUGGAAAAAAAAUUGUUCAUAUUUUUUGUGGACAAACGUCAAGUAUGGCCGUGACAAAAUGCGGUGAAGUCUAUGCUUGGGGAAAUAACAGUGUUGGACAAUUAGGAAUUGGAACAUAUAUUAAUCAAUUGAAUCCAAUGAAAGUUUCUGGAUUAACUGGAACAGUAAUAGUUAGAGUUGUUUGUGGUUAUUCACACACAAUGGCAUUGAGUGAUGAAGGUGAUCUUUAUGUUUGGGGUGGUAAUGGGUAUGGACAAUUGGGUGUUGGUACUAAAUCAAAUACUUGUGUACCUGUUAAGUUGUCAGUGCCAGAAAUGGGUAGAGUAUGUGACAUUGCAGCAGUUCACAGCAAUCACAUUAGUGCAGCUCUUGCUGAAGGCGGAAAGGUUUUUAUGUGGGGUCAAUGUCGAGGUCAAGUUAUUACGACACCAAUUUUAACACCGCUGCUUUAUUUGCACGAUGUACUUGCAUGCUACUCAACACCAUCAGUUAUGCAUGAACCACUUGUUCUAUAUGGUAAUGAUGAGACAAGUAUAUUAGACUGCUUAAAACAAGCAUUUGAUGAUCCGACAAGUAGUGAUUUGACAAUACAGGUACAGGGUAAACCAAUUUUUGUACACAAAGCAUUAUUAAAAAUAAGGUGUCAAUAUUUUCGAUCAAUGUUUCAAGAGCAUUGGACUGAAAAUAAUCAAUCUGUUAUUGAACACGAUGAAUUUUCACAUGACGUGUACAAAUCAUUUUUAAAAUAUUUAUAUACGGAUGAAGUUGAUUUACCACCAGAAAAUGCAUUGGGUAGGUCAGACAUUGUAUCAAAUAAUGAUACAAAUGUUAAAUAUCGUGGAACAUCAUUUGUCGAAUUUUUCGCAGAACUCUUGUACUUGGCCAACGCAUAUUUUGAGACUCAACUAAAACGUAAAUGUGUCCAGACGAUAAAACGUGGAAUAACUGUUGAUAAUGUUGCAUUCCUAUAUAAAACAGCAAUUGAAUAUAAUGCUCAAGAAUUGGAGGAUUUUUGCUUCAAGUUUGCUCUCAAUCAUAUGACGGCUGUUAUUCAAACAACUCACUUUGGCAAAUUGGAUGAGGUAACUCUCAAGACCUUUAUCACAAAAGCAGCACAAGCUGGUGCUUUCAAGUCUUAAGUUUAUUCAGUGAAAUAAUAAAAAUAGAAAUAUGAUACUUUAGACCAUACAUAAAAUUUUAGAACUGAAAAAAAAAUAAUGACCAAAGGUAUUAUGACUAUUCGCAAUAUUAAAAUAUAAUUUUGCAUUUAUAAUGUGAUAUAUUCAAAAUUAAAACCAAAUAAAAAAAAAACUAAAUUAAUAGUAAGGAAAAAAAAUAAUUUUCUAAAUAAAAUUUUGAUUUAUUGAACAUAUCAACUGUUAAAUUAUUUAAUUAUUUUACAUUUUUAAAUAUUUUCUCCUUCUGUUUUUUUUCGGUCCAAUCAUUUGUAAAACUUGAUAAAUGAUUGAAUGAAAUAAUUAUUAAUAUUUUGUAAUUAAGUAGUGAUCGAGGAACGAACUAUUCAAUGUCAAAGUUGACAAUUUUAAACACGUAAGCCUAGGUAAAAAAGUAAAGUUUUAGUUGUAACAAAAGGGUUCUUUCUUAUUUUAGUGCGGUUUUAAAAAUUUUUUUUUUUGUAUUUUUAGAUCGACAAAUGAGUUAGAUAUAAUCUUUUAAUUAUCAAAUUUUUGUGUGCGGCUCAAUUUACUUACACUAAAUAGUUAACACAUACGAAGAACAAAAAAUAUUUCGACAGCAGCGUUCGACGAUACCAUUUUUUUCAUACUUGAGUCCCUGAAUACGCCUAAUUUUUGUCACGGAGAUGCAGACGGUGAAAAGACCUUAAUCACGAUUAUAUUAUUUAUUAUUACUGUUGCUAACAUUUUAUUGUUUUUUAAUUAUUAUUUUAUUUUAUUUUUGUAAUACAUGUAGAUAUAUAUUAUAUGUAUUUUUUAAAAUCCAAUAUACAUAAUGUUUUAUUAAUUAUUAAAAAUAAUAAUAAUUGUUCUAAUUAUUUUAUAUGAAUUUUAUUUUUUUUAAAAUAACUAACAUUUGCAAUUCAUAUUUUAUUUUCCAAAUAAUUAAUUUAUCAGCAAUCAAAAAAUAAAUAUUCUGAAAAAAGAAAAUGACAAAUGUUUUUCACUUAAUUUUUAAUUAGAAUACGUAAACAAAAAAGGAAUUGAAUUCAAGGAAAUUUGGGUUUGAAUUGAUGUUUUUAAUAAUUUUUUUUUUUCCAACAGAAAAAAAAGAUAAAUAAAAAGAAAAAUAAUUUUCUACUUUGUUGUAUCUUUUUUCUUAAUAAUAUGAAAAUAAUAGGUUUUUUUUUAAUCAAAGUAAAAAAAAAUUAACUAAUUAUUGUGACAGUGUUUGACGAAUAAAAAACUCUGGUUAUUAUUUUCGUUUUUGAUCUUAUCAUUAAGAUAGGCCUGUGGGCUACUUUUCCAGCAAAUUAGUGCUGUCGAAAUCCAUAUUGACACAAUCAAUAAAAUUUUUUAAUUAACUUAAUAUUGUUGAUUGGUUUAAAUUUCAUCAUAGCUUUCGUAUUUUUUCAUUGUUCAUAUUUCAAUUAACAUUUUCAUUUUAUUUUUUUCUAUUGUUAUUUAUUUUUAAAGAAUUUGUUUUCCAUUUUAUUUAUACUUUUAUAUUACUUAUUGAUUAAUGGAUUGGUACGUGUGCACCUAAAUUACAUUGUAUUUUUAUUAUUAUUAGUAUUAUUAUUAUUAUUAUUAUUAUUAAUUGAAAAAGCGAAAAAUAUAAAAACUUUAUUUUUUUCUUCGUUUUGUUUUAAUUUUUUCGCUUUAACUAUUAUUUAUUUAUUUAAUUAUCUAUAUAUGUAUAUAUAUAUUUUAUUUAUACUUUCACUUUCAUUUCCGGAAGUACGUCAGUCUGGCAAUAUUUAAAAAUCUAUCAUUGAUUUAGUUAGAAAAAAAAACUGCAUUUAUUUACUUUUUGUGUUCUCUCUUUUUCUAUAUAUAUAUAUGUUUAUCAUUAUGAUGAUUAAUAAAUAAUGAAUACCUGACAAAAGUGUAAUGCGCCAAACAUACAUAUGUUUUACUGUUUUUUUUAUUUUAUUUUUUGAAAUUUUUAUUAUAUUUUCAGUUUUAAAGUGAAUGUGCUACUUAAAUUUUUUUUAUAUUUUUUUUAUGUUUUGGAUUCCAUUAAAUUUUUUUGUUACAUGCAUUUUUUUGAUAUACAUAAAAAUUACGUUAGCGUUUUUAUUUACGCUCAUUUUGAGUUUUGUGUUUUAUUAUUUUUUUUUAUUAUACACUGAGAAAAAUCGUGUCUCGGUUUUAACCAUAAAUUUUUGUAAUUUAUAGAAAAAAUUUUCUAAAAUGUUAAAUGACUUGAUUUUACCGUGAAAAUAUUUUAUAUCAGAAUAAAAAUUUUUAACAUAAAAAAUUAAGAAUCGUGUGCAAUUUCGGAUGCAUAUUUAGCUUUUACUAUACAAUACAGUACAAAAAGACAAAUCAAAAAAUUAUGUUUGUCAGAAAUAAUUAAUUCUUGAAGUAACUUAUGUGUUUGUAUAUAAGAUAGUCCUUGACACCUAUACAAAUAACGGAAACUUCAAUAACGUACAAUUUUUAAAAAUUGAGGCGAGACUCUACCGAGUCUUUGGAUAAUAUUUUUUUGAAAUGUAGAAUUUGUUUAGUUAUCAGGAUCUCAGCGAAAAUGAUUAGAUAUAGAUAAUAUUUUUAGGCUCGUUGUUAGCCAAAAUUAAAUACUAUAAUCGCGUUUUCUAGUUUUUUAAAAAAAGACUACUCUAAAAAAACAACAUUCUGAUUAUUUGAAAAACAUUUUUUUUCUUCUUUCUAAAAAAUAAGACUAUUACAUAUUUAUCCGUUUACCUAUAUUUAUCAAAAUAAACGUUUUUUUUCUUUAGAGUUGACGAGAUUCCGAGAACGUUUUAUGCUGUUUUUUCAAAAUCAAAUAACCAGUACCAAGACUGGAUUCCUCCCAGUGUACACUAAAGAUUUUUUCAAGUUGCAUUUUUAUGUUUUAAACAUUUUUUGUUUUAUUAUUUUCAUGGAAUUAUUUAGUUCUAAUUGUUCAGCUUUAAUGAUAAGAUUUUUAUGUGACGUUUUGGGGUCAACACUGUGUUCAUGAUGAAACUAUUGCUGCGUUUUUUUUUGCUGCCGAAUUUUGCCGCAUUUCACCAAAUUUUUCUGCUUUUUUUCCAGAAUUGACUGAUUUAAUACAUGUGGAGAAUUUUACCGAAUAUUUUUACUUUGUUGGAGAAAUUAGCAAAGAAAUUGUCCGAACAUUUUUUUUUAGUCAUGGAAAUUGUGGUAUAAUUCUUCCGAAAAAAUAUUUGCAGAGAAAUUGGUCGAUGACUUUCUUCACUAUUUUCUCUACUAAAAAAUAUUCAGAAAAUUCUUUCUAAAUGGGCCAAUUGCGGAAAAGUUCAUCAAUAAUUGAAAAAAUGGCGGAGUAAAUUCGGUAAAAUUCAGAUAAAUAUUUUUACUAGUUGUGUAUUAUUUUUUAAAAUUUUCUUUUCAAUAUAUAGUUUCAACAUUUAAACACUUUUGUUUAUUUUUUUUUUUAUUUUUUUUUUUUUUGUUUGAGUGACUGAGAUAUCGAGUUUUUUCAUUUAAAUAUUUGCUAAGAAAUUUUUUUAAAAUCAGUUUAGAGUCUUUUUGGACACAAUAUAAAGAGGUCAAUUUGUAUUAAAAUCUUGUCUGACUAAAUAGUCGGACUGACUACUGAUGAAAAUUUUCAUUCUAAACUUUCAUAUAUAUUCUUUUUUUGUUAUGAAUCUUUACAAUUAAUUUUAUUAUCUACAGUAAAUACUUGAGCGAUAGUUUCGCACUUCGACGGAGCUUUAAUGAUAUUAAUCAAAUAUAGAAAAACAAAUUAAACAUUGGUGCAUUUAUUGCGUGUAAAUAUGCUAUCA